UCUCGUAAUAGCAAGAUUGCAGCAGGGCGGGCGGAGUGAGGCAUAUUUGGUUGAAGUCUUGAAGGGGUGUUGAGUAGCGUUGUCAUUCAUAAUUCCGUAGACGAGCGAGCAUGAGCCUCUCUGUCCCCUCGCAUAUUCUCAGCCUCAAUGCCAAUACCAAUGCCAAUGCCGAUGUUCUUGCCGCCUCCAAAUCCUGUACUCACCCCUUUUUUUCACCUUCACCUAUUCAUUUCACUAAACGGAUUCGUCGCUUCCCAACCCUUAGAGUAUGGGCGCGCGGAGGAGGAGGAGGAGAUGACACUGUCAUUUCCCCGGUCAAGUCCCUUCGGCGCCUUCUCGCUUCACCCGGAAUUCACUUAGCUCCUGCUUGUUUCGACGCCCUAAGCGCCAAGCUCGUCGAGAGAGCUGGUUUUGAUUUCUGCUUCACUACUGGUUUCGGAAUAUCAGCUGCCCGGUUGGGACUGCCAGACACUGGAUUUAUUUCGUAUGGAGAAAUGGUGGAUCAAGGACAACAAAUUACAGGAGCUGUUUCCAUCCCCAUCAUUGGUGAUGGAGAUAAUGGAUAUGGUAACCCAAUGAAUGUUAAGAGAACUGUCAAAGGAUAUACUAGAGCUGGCUUUGCUGGAAUCAUUCUUGAGGAUCAGGUUUCACCUAAAGCUUGUGGUCAUACACAAGGGCGGAAAGUUGUAUCUAGGGAGGAAGCAGUAAUGAGAAUAAAAGCAGCUGUUGAUGCUCGUAAAGAGAGUGGAUCUGACAUUGUUAUAGUGGCACGGACUGAUUCACGUCAAGCCAUGUCAUUAGAAGAGUCUCUAUGGAGGGCACGUGCUCUUGCUGAUGCUGGAGCUGAUGUUGUAUUUAUUGAUGCUCUUGCUUCAAAAGCAGAGAUGAAGGCCUUUUGUGAAGUUUCUCCAGCCAUUCCAAAAAUGGCCAAUAUGCUUGAAGGGGGUGGACGAACACCAAUACUCAGCCCUAUUGAGCUGGCUGAUGUUGGAUACAAACUUGUGGCAUACCCACUGUCAUUACUGGGUGUAUCCAUUCGGGCAAUGCAGGAUGCCUUAUUAGCUAUCAAAGGAGGUCGUGUACCUUCAUCUGGAAGCAUGCCAUCAUUCGAAGAGCUUAAGGAGAUUUUGGGUUUUAAUAUCUAUUAUGAAGAAGAGAAGCAAUAUAGCACCAAGAAUAGUGAAAUUCAUAUAGACAGAGAGUAUGGUACCCAAAAUGGCCCAAGACUUACAGAUCAGAGUACACAAGCUCCAGCUGUUGAAGUAGUAACACCUGAAAUAUACAGCAACUAUGUUGUGGAUGAUUCUAGUGGCCCUUUCUCUGGCAUUUGGUCCCGAAAACUGAGAGUCAGAAUAACAGGACAAGAUGGAUAUGAAAGACUUGAUGUUUGCAUACCUGCUGGCUUUCUCGAAGGAGUAGCAAACAUAGUUCCAGCAUUAGGGGGCGUAAACCUGAAAGCUUUGCUAGAUGAUGCUGUUUUUGAAGAGGGAGGCCAGCAGUUGCUGGAUUUCAAUGAUGCAAAAGGGGACAGAAUUCAAGUGUUUCUCGAGUAAGUGCGAGGCAUGAACUUCCACCUCUUGCAUAAUAUUAUUUUUAUCAUCAGCAAAGUGUAAUCGCGAUUUUGAAAGGGAUUGUUUGAGGUUAAUAAUAUCCCAGUUGGACAGAA